GGGGCGCUGUAUUAGAUAGGGUGGGUUUUAUGGUCUACCCAGGAUGCCACUGUUGACUGGAAGUUCAAUAUUGCAAGAUGGCGUUGGACGGUCCAGAACAUAUGGAGAUGGAGGAAGUGAAAGGAGGCACAGGCCUCAGACAGUAUUACCUCUCCAAAAUAGAAGACCUACAGCUGACGGUUAAUGAAAAGAGUCAGAACCUCAGACGUCUGCAGGCUCAGAGGAAUGAACUAAAUGCAAAAGUCCGCCUUUUACGUGAAGAGCUUCAGCUGCUGCAAGAGCAGGGCUCAUAUGUAGGAGAGGUGGUGAGAGCCAUGGAUAAGAAGAAAGUGCUUGUCAAGGUUCAUCCGGAGGGAAAGUUUGUUGUGGAUGUAGACAAAAACAUUGAUAUCAACGAUGUGACCCCUAACUGCCGCGUAGCCCUUAGGAAUGACAGCUACACCCUUCACAAAAUCCUGCCCAACAAAGUGGACCCGCUUGUGUCACUGAUGAUGGUGGAGAAGGUUCCAGACUCCACCUAUGAAAUGAUUGGAGGCCUGGACAAGCAGAUCAAAGAAAUCAAGGAGGUCAUUGAGCUGCCUGUUAAGCACCCUGAGCUGUUUGAAGCCCUGGGGAUUGCACAGCCCAAGGGAGUGUUGCUUUAUGGACCUCCGGGAACUGGAAAAACACUACUUGCAAGAGCUGUAGCCCAUCAUACAGACUGCACCUUUAUCAGGGUUUCAGGCUCCGAGCUGGUCCAGAAAUUUAUUGGAGAGGGAGCUCGUAUGGUGCGAGAGCUGUUUGUGAUGGCUAGAGAACAUGCUCCGUCCAUCAUCUUCAUGGAUGAGAUUGACUCAAUCGGCUCGUCACGUCUUGAGGGCGGCUCCGGGGGGGACAGCGAAGUGCAGAGGACCAUGCUGGAGCUGCUCAACCAGUUGGAUGGAUUUGAGGCCACCAAAAACAUCAAGGUGAUCAUGGCUACUAACCGGAUCGACAUCUUGGAUUCAGCCCUGCUGCGGCCAGGUAGAAUAGACAGAAAGAUUGAAUUCCCUCCUCCCAAUGAAGAGGCCCGUUUGGAUAUUCUGAAGAUUCAUUCUCGUAAGAUGAAUCUGACACGAGGCAUUAACCUGCGCAAAAUUGCUGAGCUCAUGCCAGGGGCAUCUGGGGCUGAGGUUAAGGGUGUGUGCACAGAGGCUGGAAUGUAUGCGCUGAGAGAGAGGAGGGUUCAUGUUACACAAGAGGACUUUGAGAUGGCUGUUGCUAAGGUCAUGCAAAAAGAUAGUGAAAAGAACAUGUCCAUCAAGAAGCUGUGGAAGUAACAGCCCUUGGAUACACAACCGCUUUUGUUUUGUUAAUCUGUGUUUUAAAGAAAUGUUAUCACAUGUCACUCAAUAAAUGGAAGAUACAAGUUA